CAUGGCUACCACUAAAGAACUUGAUGUCAGGUGGAUCCGAAGAUAUAGAAUAUUUUGUUUAGGUGGAUGUGUUAUAUGCGUUAUUCAAGUCUUCCUAGCUUAUAUAUUUUUUACAAUUCAUGCAGAUGAUGGAAAAAUUCUUGGGAAAUAUAUUAUUAGCAAAAAGGCUCCUUUGGAGCUAUUUGAUGAUCGAAAUGACGUAGAGUCUUCAAGGAGGUUUAAAGAAGGGUUAGAUGAUGAUGAAGAUGACAGCCCCGGAAACAGUAAUGCAGUCGAAACGAGAUUAAAAGUUCCACCUGAUAAAACUGAAAGUAAAAAUAGAAACAAAGUGCCUGCAAAAUCAAAAACAGAUUCUCACAGUCCAGAUGCCACACACCGCAGCAAUAAAACAUUUAGUCUUCGGCUGGAAGAGCUGGAUUUCGUGCCAAUGUGUGAGAUCACAGGUCGGGAGGCUGUGUCAGCCAUACAUCGCGCAAAGACGCAACACUGCAAACAGCUCUUGGCCAACAUCACGUGCCUUAACCUGCAAGGAGACUUGUAUCCCCAUCAACUUCCACACCUGUGUCCCAACAAUGGAAUGGAAGCAGGAAAAUUGCUGGGAUGUUACAAGGACGAGAAAGCCUUCCGUCUGUUGUCUGGCUACUAUACCAAUCUGAAGACAACCAACUCUCCUCAAAACUGUAUCAACUUGUGCCUUCAGUCUGGCUUUCCCUACGCCGGAGUGCAGUAUGUCAAUGAGUGUUUCUGCGGCAACGACGAGCCGCUGUCCACUGCUCGACUCCCAGACUCGUCGUGUAACAUGAAGUGUCCCGGGGACCCUAGGGAAGCUUGUGGAGGGUACUACACCAUGAAUGUCUACCAGACAGGGAUAGCUAAGUUUAGUGCCCAGCCACCCAGUGAACUGCGGCGUGACGGGGAGGGAGAGAGGGCGGAGGGCAGUGAGGGCGUGUCUCGACCCGUCAGAGUUGCCUUCCUACUCACUCUCAACGGCCGAGCUGUGCGACAGGUCUAUAGACUUAUCAAGGCUCUCUUCCAUCGCGACCACUACUUCUACAUUCAUGUUGAUGCGAGACAAGACUACAUGUUCCGUGAACUGUUGGCGCUAGAGAUGCAGCUCAGCAAUGUAAGACUGUCUCGCAGACGACACUCUACUAUCUGGGGAGGAGCUAGUCUACUCACGAUGUUGCUAGAGAGCAUGCGUGAGCUGGUAGAUGCUGAUUGGGAGUGGGACUUUGUCAUCAACCUCAGCGAAUCAGACUUCCCUGUCAAAAAAAAUGCCCAACUGGUGGAAUUCCUGACGUCCAACAGAGAUUUGAACUUUGUGAAGUCUCACGGACGGGAAGUGCAGCGCUUCAUCCAGAAGCAGGGGCUGGACAAGACGUUCGCGGAGUGUGAGGCACACAUGUGGAGGGCCGGAGAGAGACGACUGCCGUGGGGAGUGGUGGUGGAUGGAGGCAGUGACUGGGUGGCGUUGAGUCGUCCGUUUGUCACCUACCUGACCAGAGAGCCGAGGGACGACCUGAUCUCCGGUCUGUUGACGGUGUUCAAGUACACACUGCUACCGGCGGAGUCGUUCUUCCACACGACACUGCGCAACUCAGAGUUCUGCGCCAGUUAUGUGGACAACAACCUGCAUGUGACCAACUGGAAGCGACGGCUCGGCUGCAAGUGUCAGUACAAGCAUGUGGUGGACUGGUGCGGCUGUAGCCCCAACAACUUCAAGACUGAGGACUGGCUAAGGUUACAGGGCACUGAUCCAAGGCCGUUGUUCUUUGCAAGAAAGUUUGAGCCUAUAGUCAACCAGGAAAUCAUAUUCCAACUGGAAGAAUGGCUGUAUGGACCUUAUCCAAGUAAUGUGACCAGUCUGCACAGUUACUGGGAGAGUGUGUACCACUACCAGGAUGUGUCUCCGCAGUAUGAUGACACUCUAGGCACUAUGGCUGCCUCACUGACACGUCACGCCACCAGACAUCUGAGCGACUCUGCUGUACAUUGUAGCGUCUCCGCAGUCAAGGUGUACGAGAUCACCUCCUACCUACACAAUGACUACUACAAGGGCACUUUAAUUAAGUACUCAGCCAAGGUUAAAGGACAGGAUAACCUAAUGACGUUAGAAACAUGGUUUCGCCCUCAGAGCAAUUUCACUGUCUUGCACAACAGUGGGUUUGCGCAGAGAAUCAAGGCGCUGGUAGUAAGUUCCCAGUUUGACCAGAAGGAGCAGAUGUUCCGCAACUUGGCCCGAGUGUUGGGUGUCUGGUCGGAGCCUAGUGUGGCCGUUACAUUGGUGAGUGGCUCUAGUGGAGCGAACCUAACACUGCUCUGGGUCGACCCGACAGGUGUCUUGGCUGACGUAUCAGAGGCCAGUGUGGAUGAGACUUCUGCGAUAUACAAUGUAAAGCCCACACUGAAGACUCCUCUACUGCCAGGAGUGUGGUGGCUGAAGGUAGUGGUGGACAAUAGAGUGGUAGCUCACGCUGACUUUCUUGUGUCUCCACUUCAGUUCUCUUCCGGUGUAGUCCUCACACAGCAACAGGCCAGGUUUCAACACAGUGGCCCCACACAGUCGUACCAUGUCCAGGACUCCCCUCUACAGGACCUGCUUGAUGCCCCUGACCCCAGCCUAGCUGUCAGAGCAGAGGCCAACGCUCACAGAUACGGCAAGGACCUCACUCAGUGGAUCGACACUCUUGUGGCUAGGUUCUACUCAGUGGUUGAGUCUUGUGCUGUCACGUCCUCUACUCUAGAACUGUGUCAGUCUCUACAGCUGGAGCCGUGUGUCUCUACGUCAUGGAGCUCACUCACUCCAGACCCCAAGUCCACUGUCACGGCCAUCAACAAAACAACAGGCCGACUGUCCAGGUGGUGACCAAGGUUACGGGCCCCAGACUAGGGGCAACUUGCCAAGCCUACACUGAAUUGAUGUGAUACAGAAGACCAUAUUUAUAUAUUUUUGUGAAGAAUGUAAAGUGUACCUAAUGGCCAUUCUUUGUGAGCUGUAACAUGGUUGACAGAAACACCAGAAAACACUCACAUAGAAGGGUCCAAAUCACCCUUUGUAUGUCCCUGAUUGAAGACUUUUCGUAGGAAUAUUAUUUGUUUAAUGAUUUCCAAACUAAGUUUUUAACGUAUUGCUGCUGCUGUAGUUUUUCUCUUGGUUACAAUCUUUUUUGAAAAUCAUAAAAUUCUAGCAUUUUUUAUAUCAGCUGCAGUGAAAACACAUUUUAAUUAGUUUAAUUCAAAACUUACAAUUAAUUGGUUUUUUUUUUUUAUAAAAAUUUAAUAUGAUUAUUGUAGUUUAUCUGAUUUAUUUCGCCAACACGACAAUGUUUACUACCUGGUGCACAUAAUGGUGUCCGUGUUACCUUAAUUGGGGGCAAACAAAUUGUGGUCAAACCUUAAGAUCUUACCCAAACGUUGUUCUCUUAGUUUUAUCAUUAUUUAGUGUUGUCUUAAAAUACUACUUUUAAAUAAUUACAAUGACAUUUUUUCAAGUUUAAGACUUCAACAGCGAGUCUGUUUUAAGCAUUUUAAAUAUGUUGUAAUGAAACUAAAUUGUAAUUUUUCAAUAGUAUAGUUCAUACACAGUAACAAUCUUGGACUUCUUGAAAUUCUUAUUCUGGGUAAGAUCUUUGAGAUUAUUUAGGUAAAAUAUUUUAAGUGCCACUCGAUCAUCAAGUCGAUUGUAUUAGUGCAUUAAAUCUCAUCAUCACAGAUUGUAAAAAAUCAGAAAAUGGGUAUGCUAGAAAAUUUCUUAGUACAUUCUGAAAUAUGGAAAAAUAAGAUAUCUGUUUUAGUGAUUAGAGUGUUUAAAAUUAAUAAUCUUGGGGGUUUACCUUUAGGUAGUGUGUUGUUAGCCUGAUGGUUAGCAUCUCAAACAAGUCUGGUUCAACUACUAUAAAGAAUCGGACUAAUCUCUCUUAAAAUAAUUUGUGUAACUCUAAAUAAAAUUGUUUGUAAUUAAUAAAAAUUACAGCUAAAAUAUUGUGGUUUAAAGUAAUUUAGACUAAAUUCAUUAAAGUUUUAAUGUUUUCAAUUUUGUACUGAAUAAAAAUUCUUCAAUGGGCAUUUACUUAAUCUUUGUUACUAUUAAAAUAUUUUAAGGUAAAAUUUAUAUGUAGAAAUUAAGUUUGAGGUUUUAAACCUCAAAGCAUGAAUUUGAUUGAUGGCCACUAAUGUCAGACUCUUAAAACUGCUCAAAUAUAAAGAACUAGCAGAGUACCCGUCCUUCGUACGGGGUUGGAAUAUAAGUAUAAAAUGCUUAUUGCAGUUAUACUCAAGCUUUGUGAUUGCAAUGGGUGGAGGACACAGUUUGAUAAAAUUUGCUUUUUUUAAUUUACAGUAUUCUAUAGUAUUACACAUCUACCAUAGCCAUAAUGUUCUACCAUUUUACCUAAACAAUAGAGAAAAAUAAAUUAUCAAUUCGCAAAAUAUCACAAAUUAUUCAUGAAAUGAAAAACAUAUACAUAACUGUAAACAAUCCUACUUUGACAGUUCUCAUUGCGAAUCACAGUUUUUUGUUGCUGCUUAGUUCAAAUUAGCUGUUUUCAUAAAUGCAAAAAAAAAAUAGUGCUGCACCCUGUUGGUAAAUCUUAUAACUUUUUAAUGCUUUUCCAUAUCAUAGAACCAUCUUUUUUAGUUGAAACAGCUGACUAAAUUCUUCAAUUCCCUUUAAAUAUGAAUACUCAUAAGGUUAACGUGGGGAAUUACAGAGCCACUGGGGCGGAGCCCGAAAGGAUUUUUGAGAUAAGAAUAUGCCUAUAUGUUAAUCGGGAAUGUAAGCUAUCAUUAUGCCAAAUUUUAGCCCAAUCCGUCCAGUGGUUUAUGCGUGAUUGAACUUCAAACAAACAAACAAACAAACAAACAAACACACAAACUUUCACAUUUAUAAUAUUAGUAAGAUUUCUAUAUCUUUACUAGUUUUAGCUAUAAAUGUGAAGAGCAAUUAAAACCCACAAUUCACUCAUUUACAAAUCUGUGAUGUCGAGAUGCAAGUUUUAGCAAUAAUUGAUAGGCAAUGAGACAUGAAGCAUGAUCAAACUAAGGAUAUUCUAGGUUAAUGUAGAUUUACUAACUUAAUACCACACUAGUCUUGAAUCUUCUGCAAUUUUUACAUAUAUUUAUUUUAUGUAGCUUUAUUUUAUAAGAGUUUAAUUAAUAAGCGUAUAUUAUUUGUAAAUUUGAAUGUUGAAUGUUUUAGUGGUAUGUUGUUUAUAAAUGCUUUAUUUUACCUAUAGCUUUUUAGCUGCCGUUUGAAUAUUUGUAAAAUAUUUAGAAUUUUUAAGUGUGUAUAAUAUUGUGUGAUUGUCAAAAGAGAAUCGUAACCGGUCCUAAAAGUAACCAAUCAACAUGUUAUGUAUACAAUUGACCAGGUGUAAUGGUUUGUCAUACAAACUUUUACCGUAUACUAAAACAACUAGUCGAUUAUGGUGUGAAAUUUGUAUAAAAAAAUGUGUAACAGAUUGUAUUUGAACACGUUAAGUAAAAUUAUUUUUUAAAGAUAUAUUUACACUCAAUGUACUGUACUCAUAAACUCAAAGGUAAACAUAUUUUAAAUGGUAAAAGAAUGCUUAAAAUUUGUAAUGAAUAUUUAAUACCAUUAGUU